GGAAGAAAGCAAACCACCAUGGACAAAGUAGAGGUACCAAUUCACAAACAUCCUUUAUUACCUUUUGCUCGCUUUAUCGAGAGGCCUUGUGAAGGGUGUAGGAUUUUUGGGUACAUUUACAAAGGCUACCGUUGCAAUGAACUGGGGUGUCACAACAUUUUGUUUCAUAAAGAAUGUGCUGAGUCUUUACCAGAAAUCAACCACCCUUCUCAUCCCGACCAUCCUCUCAAGCUGCUAUUAAAAGGCCGGUCGUGUACUUGUAGUCAGUGUGGAGUUUCCUUCCAAUAUGGUUAUAUCUGUUCAAUCUGUGACUUCAUGUUGGAUUUAUCUUGUGCCGGCGGACAAGCCCCACUUCUUGUUCUUGAAAAGUCCAAUCUCCAUGAGCAUCCGCUUGAUCUCUUCAAUGGUCUCAAGUCUGGCGAGAUAUCGUGCAAAGCAUGCCAAUACAGAGUUUACGACAGAGAACAAUGUUAUAGAUGUUAUCAAUGUGAAUUAGUCUUCCAUCUGGAGUGUGCCAAUUUUUUUCCAGAGGCAAGCCACCCUUCCCACCCCCAACACCAGCUCAAGUGCCUUACAGCUAAAGCAGCACCAGAUUACGCCGACAAGAAGUGCCUUCUUUGCGGAAUCAUGCUUCGAAAUCUUCACCACUGUGAUGUUUGUAACUUUAGCAUAUGCAGUCGAUGUAUGAGCAAUCCACCACCGCUUGUUGUUGCAAGCCUUACGACCCAUGAACAUCAACUCCAUCUUGUUCCAAGAUGUAUCAAUUUCACUUGCAAUGCUUGUGGGACACAAGGUGACCGAAGCCCUUAUUUCUGUCUUCAAUGCAACUUCAUGAUUCAUCGGGAGUGUAUUGAUUUGCCACGCGUUAUAAACAUCAACCGUCAUGAUCAUCGCAUCACUUAUACACAUCGCUUUGGACAUGGAAACUGGAAAUGCCGAGUUUGCCGGAAGAGAGUAGAUGAGUUCUACGGGGGUUAUUCUUGUUCUAAAUGUUCUGACUAUGUUGUUCAUUCAAGAUGUGCAACAAGACGUGAUGUAUGGGACAUGAUCGAACUGGAAGGGACACCCGAAGAGCCUGAGGAAGUCGCGCCAUUCGAGGUGAUUGAUGAUAACACCAUCAAACAUUUUAGCCAUGAACAUAACUUACAAAUCAGCAACUAUGGGAGUAACCAUCUAGAGGAACUCAAACUAUGCCAAGCAUGUGUCUUCCAGAUUUGUACAGAACCUUUCUAUAGUUGCAAGCAGUGUGGUUUUUGUCUCCACCAAAAAUGUGCCAAAAAUCAUCGGAAGAAGAGACACAUGUGCCACUACCAACCAUUCACACUUGACACGAAUUCUGAAUGCAAACAGUUUACAUGUCAGCUGUGUUUUCAAAGGUUCAACGGAUUCAGGUACAAGUCACUAAAUAAUAUGACUCUCGAUGUAAGGUGCGGUUCAAGUUCAGAGCCAUUAUGGCACGAAAGCCAUCCACAUCCUUUAUACUAUUCUAAAGAUAACUCCAAGCAUUGCAGUGAAUGUGGGAAGAGAGGAUGGUUUAGUUGUGAUGAGUGUAACUUCAGUUUGGACUUCAAGUGUGCUCUUCUGCCGAAUAAGGUAAUGAGGCAUAGGUACGACGAUCACCCUCUAGUCCUCUCUUACGGUGAAAGUAGUAGUGUAGAUGGCAAGUAUUGGUGUGAAGCUUGUGAGACACAAGUGGAUCCGAAGAAAUGGUUUUAUACAUGCAAUGAUUGUGGGGUCAUAUUGCAUAUUUCAUGUGUUGAAGGAGACUUCACAUAUAUAAAGCCAAAUUCAGUAAUACCCUAUGAAGCAGAAUAUGUUUCCAACACGUCUACUUGUAGACCAGUUUGCACUGUGUGUAACACUCGAUGCAAGCUCUCUACUAUUCUCAAGUAUUCUGGCAAGGGCAAAAUUGUAUACGUUUGUUCUUUCAAAUGUCUUGGCAUUGUCCGCUUCAGAGUUUUUUAA